AUGGGAGUACGAGGACUAACGACGUUUAUUGGAACCAACGCUGAGGUGUACCUGAAACCGCACGAGCUACACGAUACGGCCUUGGUCAUCGAUGGCGACAAUCUGUGCGUGCAGCUUUUCAAAAAGUCUACCCAAAAAUGUUUGCCUUUCGGUGGAAACUACGACAGCUACUACCGAGUGGUGGUCGAUUUUUUCGACAUGCUCAAAGCUUGCAACGUGGUCCCGUACGUGCUGCUGGACGGUGGGUACGAGGCACGCAAAAUGUCCACCGUUCGCGAGCGAAUGAUAGGAAAGAUUCACGGUUUACGCAGUCUUUCGCUCGAAGCGACACGCAACUCGCUGCCGUUGAUGAUGCGCGAGGUAUUUAUCGAUGCGCUCCGGGCGGCAGAAGUGCGAUUGAUGCGGUCUUCGUUCGAGGCGGAUGACGAGGCGGCUAUUUUGGCACGCAAACUCAACUGCCCGGUGAUGAGCUAUGACUCGGAUUUCUACAUUCACAACGUGCGCUACAUCCCAUACGUUACGCUAACGCACAAGAUCUACCGCAAGGUGAGCGACCAGGAGGGUGAAAACUUUCAGAUUGCAACCAUCGACCGGACGAAGCUUGGUACGCGACAUGAGGUGAAAUUUGUGGCCCAAUGUGGAGACGACACAGCUAUCCGGGGAGAUGGUACAGUAACGUACGACUAUUUGGAUUGCUGUCUGUACACCAUCGACAACCUAACUGGCCCCAAUGAGCGGUUGAAUCGGGAGAUGAUUCCGUUGUUUGCUGUGCUGUUGGGCAAUGACUACAUCGAGAGGAAGGUGCUGACACGGUUCUAUAGUAGCAUCAAGUGUGGACGGGUAAAUCGCAAGAUCAGCCAUCAGCAACGUCGUAUCAAAGUUAUCCUACGGUGGGUACAGAGACACACACUGCAGUCCGCGAUCCGCGCCAUAGUCAACCAGAUUGGACAGAAAAACAAGCAGCGCAUCUACCGCCAGAUGUUAACCGCCAUGCGAGGGUACAAUUGCGAAGAGUGUGUCUCGUAUGAAUACUUUGGAUUUAGCGAUGAAAAGACCGUUGAUGAGGCGCAGCUGGAAAGUGAAAUCGAGCAAAAUUUGAAAGAUUCACUUGCGGAAGAAGCGGAGGAACAGUCAGAGGUAAACGACACAGCAUCCGACGGUGAACCGGAAGAUGGGAACCUUUCAAUCAACGACACAGCAUCCGACGGUGAACCGGAAGAUGGGAACCUUUCAAACAACGACGAAGAAGAUUCGGAAGCAAAACGCCUCAGUGACGUGGCGUCAGAGUCUAGCGAGACAGAGGAAACCACACCUCAGGAAGAGUUGGGUCCCCGGCGUAAGCGAUAUACCGAUGCGGAAUGGCCCACCUGGUUUCGGGAGCUGUACCGUGGUGCACACGUUCCGCGUGUUUUGGCUGAUCUUUAUCAUUCACAGUUAUACGUAAAUUCUCCCCAAGUGGAGGACUUUACGAAACCUGAUAGCAACACCGUGAGCUAUCCAAUUUUGCGCAUGAUUUUUGCGUUGUUAUCAUCGGCCCACCCAAAGACGACACCAACGAGUUUUAGAUACAUGUCCCGAAAGGUACGAGUGGCCAGUGUGCACUAUAUCCCGUUCGAGGAUGUUCAGCUGCCCAAGGAUCUAGCUUUCGACCCUGAAUCGGAGACAAAAAACGUAACCGUUAUGAAGCAUCUGUUCGAGGAUUGCGGAAUCGCAAAGUGGACGGAGCUAUUCCGAGAAAUUCAAAGCCUUCCCCCGAACUUGACCCUUUACUUCCUUACCAUCAUCUACUGGGCGAAGAACUGUGAUGCUGCCAAUGUGGCCCACGUGCUGGCGUUGCUGGUUUGCGUUUUACAGUUACAAAUAAUCGAUCGAUUUUUAAAGAACAAAAAUCGUGACGAAAAGCUCUUCCUAAAGCAACACAAAACGUACCUGGAAGAACAAAAGCGGAAGGGACCGAAACCGACCAUUGUGGGAAAGACAAGCAUCGAGAAGGAUAACCAAGCCAGCUUCACGAGGACCUUCUUCAACCAGUUGGUCAAUGAGGUUGCGCGAGCAGAAGUUAUGCUGGUCUACGAAACUCUGAUCCGUUGCUUUGCGCCCGAUGAAAAGCUGAAUCGAAAAAAUACGUCCAUCGACCGGGCAACCUUGCAUACGAUGGCCGAGUUUCAGUCGGUUUGUUUCAACUUUUACUCACUCGUACCGGUGUUGGGCUUUCCGUUUGAUAACGUGAGAAUGCACGAACUAUACAAUGGUUUGUUCGUUUACAACCUAUACGAAACGAUCAAAUCCCGGGCCGAUCCUUACGAGUAUGUUCGGACCAAACUGUUGCGAUUCUCACCGGCGCUGUCUGAAGCACUGAAACGGAUGAUGGAGCUUGUGGUCCGAUACGUUCCGGAGCUAAACGAUCGAAAGCGAUCGGUAAGGGGAAAAGCCAAAUCGGCCGGAGCAGCAAGUGGGGCCAAAAGAUCGAAAAAAUCCCAAACCCCUCGGCAAGUGAACGAUUGCGCAUUACCACCGGAAAAUCGGAGUGAAAGUGACGACGGUGAUUUUGUGGAUGUAAAUAAUAAAUUUAGCCAACUUUUGUUGGCCAACUAA